AUGCAAGUGACUGCACCGGGGAAUGUCUACAGCUUCGGAGUUGUGCUGCUUGAGAUUCUAACCUCAAGAGCGCCGGUCGAGGAAGAGUUUGGUGAAGGAGUAGAUUUGGUUAAAUGGGUCCAUGGAGCUUCAGCGAGAGGAGAAACACCGGAACAGAUACUUGAUGCCAAGCUUAGCACAGUGUCCUUUGCUUGGAGGAGAGAGAUGCUUGCAGCUUUGAAAGUUGCAUUGCUCUGCACAGACAUGACACCUGCAAAAAGGCCAAAGAUGAAAAAAGUAGUUGAAAUGCUUCAAGAGGUUAAGCUAAGCCAAUGA